AUGAUGAGCACUCAAAGAAUCUCGGGCCCACUUGAACCCCCAGUUUUUUUAUUGAUGCUCAAGUCUGACUCUGCAUCUGAACUCCAUAACAACUUCAAACUGCAUUUUUUAAAGAAGUUUCAGUGUUUGAAUGACGUGACAUCAAACCACAAAAACCCAACAUUACUAAAUGAGAUCUACACAGAACUCUACAUCACAGAGGGAGACACUGGAGACGUCAAUAAUGAACAUGAGGUGAGACAGAUCGAGGCAGCAUCCAGGAGAUCAAUAACAAAGGAAACACCAAUCAACUGUAACGACAACUUUAAACCUUUAUCUGAAGAAGACAAACCCAUCAGAACUGUACUGACAAAAGGAGUCGCUGGUAUUGGAAAAACUGUCUCUGUGCAGAAGUUCAUUCUGGACUGGGCUGAAGGAAAAGCAAACCAGGAUCUUCACUUUAUAUUUCCACUUCCUUUCAAAGAGCUGAAUUUAAUAAAGGACCAAAAACUGAGUCUGAUGGAUCUUCUCAGCUUCAGUUUUAAGGAGAUGAAAGAAACUGAAAUGUCCAGCUUGCAGAAAGUUCUGUUUAUUUUUGAUGGUUUGGAUGAGUGUCGUUUCUCUCUAGAUUUUCUGAACACAGACAGAUUGUGUGAUGUAACUGAAUCAGCAUCAGUGAAUGUGCUGCUGAUGAACCUGAUUAAAGGGAAUCUGCUCCCAUCUGCUCUCAUCUGGAUAACCUCCCGACCAGGAGCUGCUGAUCAGAUCCCCUCUGAGUGUGUAGAUCGAGUGACGGAGGUACGAGGGUUUAAUAACCCACAGAAGGAGGAGUACUUCAUGAAGAGAAUCGGUGAUCAGAGCCUGGCUAACAAAGUCAUCAUCCACCUGAAGUCAUUACGAAGCCUCUACAUCAUGUGUCACAUUCCAUGCUUCUGUUGGAUUUCAGCCACUGUUCUUGAGAGGUUGUUGAAUGAAGCUAAAGGUUCUAAAAUCCCAAAAACUCUGACUCAAAUGUACACCCACUUCCUUAUCAUUCAGACCAACAUCAUUAAAGAAAAAUACCCAAAGAACCAGAACACAGAUGAUGAAAUGAUUAAUAAAUUGGGAAAACUGGCUUUCAAUCAGCUGAUGAAAGGAAACUUGAUCUUCUAUGAAGAAGACCUGAUAGAGUGUGGAAUUAAUGUGAGAGAAGCAGCAGUGUACUCAGGUGUGUGUACACAGAUCUUUAGAGAGGAGUCUGGACUGAAUCAGAAUAAAGUGUACUGCUUUGUUCAUCUGAGCAUCCAGGAGCAUCUCGCAGCUCUAUAUGUGCACCUGAUGUUCAUGAAAGAGCAGAUAAAUGUUCUUAAAAAUUGGCAGCGUUUUAAUAGUGGAGUCCAGUUAGAAAGAAAACUGUCAGACGUGCACAAGACUGCAGUAGAUGAAGCACUAAAUAGUACAAAUGGACAUCUGGAUCUUUUCCUUCGUUUUCUUCUGGGUCUCUCACUGGAGUACAAUCAAACUUUGUUACAUUUAUUAGUGACACAGACAGGAAGUAGCUCCCACAGCAAAGAGGAAACAGUUCAGUACAUAAAGAAGAAGAUCAGUAAGAACACAUCUACAGAGAAAUCCAUCAAUCUGUUCCACUGUCUGAAUGAACUGGAAGAUCAUUCACUAGUGGAGGAGGUUCAGGACUACCUGCAAUCUGGAAAUUUAGGAGGAAGUGACCUUUCUACAUCACAGUGGUCAGCUAUAGUGUUCGUGUUACUGACAUCACAGCAGGAACAGCAAGGAACAUUUGUCCUAAGGAAAUAUUGCAUAAACAGAAACUCAAAUCAGGUUCUUCUGAAGAUCCUUCCUGUAGUUGCAGAAUCCAGAAAAGCUGAGCUGAAUAAUUGUGAUGUAUCAGAUGAAGGUUGUGCUGCUCUGGCUUCAGCUCUGCGAUCCAACCCUUCACACCUGAGAGAUCUGAAUCUGUCCUAUAAUAAACCAGGAGAUUCAGGAGUAAGGCUAAUCUGUACUGGACUGGAGAAUCCUCACUGUAAACUGGAGAUACUGGGGUUGGAACAUUGUGGGGUAUCAGAUGAAGGAUGUUCUGCUGUGGCUUCAGCUCUGAGAUCAAACCCCUCACACCUCAGAGAUCUGAAUCUGUCUAAUAAUAAACUAGGAGAUUCAGGAGUGAAGCGUCUCUCUGCUGUACUGGAGAAUCCUCACUGUAAACUGGAGAAACUGAGGUUGAGGAAUUGUGGUGUAUCAGAUGAAGGUUGUGCUGCUCUGGCUUCAGCUCUGAGAUCAAACCCCUCACACCUGAGAGAUCUGAGUCUGUCUCAGAAUAAACUAGGAGAUUCAGGAGUGAAGCUUCUCUCGGCUGGACUGGAGAAUCAUCACUGUAAACUGAAGAUACUGAGGUUGAAUAAUUGUGGUGUAUCAGAUGAAGGUUUUGCUGCUCUGGCUUCAGCUUUGAGAUCAAACCCCUCACACCUGAGAGAUCUGGACCUGUCAUGUAAUAAACCUGGAGAUUCAGGAGUGAAGCUUCUCUCUGCCGUACUGAAGAAUCCUCUCUGUAAACUGGAGAUACUGGGGUUGUAUAAUUGUGGUGUAUCAGAUGAAGGUUAUGUUGCUCUGGCUUCAGCUCUGACAUCAAACCCCUCACACCUGAGAGAUCUGAAUCUGUCUCAUAAUAAUCUAGGAGCUUCAGGAGUGAAGCGUCUCUGUGCUGGACUGGAGAAUCAUCACUGUAAACUGAAAAUACUGGGAUUGCCACCACGUUAUGAAAGAUGAAGACUGAGAUAAAACCUUUACUCACUGGUUAUAGUGGAGACUGUACAGGAUUCAUG